GGGAUGAAGUUUGGCACCUGACCCUGAAUGUUUUUACUUGCCAAAUUAGCUUCUGUCCAUUUACUCGGUUGUUUUUUCAGUUUGAAGUCCAUUGCAUGCCUUUUUGCUAUAAAAGCAGUAUCAUAUGCCACUCAAACCAGUUCCUAUAUACCAAGCAAUCCUGUAGAUCAGUACCCGAAAGCUUCUUUCCAAUUCUUACAUCAUGAUCAUGCUGAUAGUGCAACAUCUUCAUGCAUUUGUUGAGCUCUGUUUAGCAGUAAUAAUGGAACCAGCAGCUGUUGGCUAUGGAAACGGUGGUGUUGGAUGCAUAGAAAGGGAGAGACAAGCACUCCUUAGGGUCAAAGAAGAGCUUAUAGAUAAUUAUGACCAUCUUUCUUCUUGGGGUAGUGAAGAUGACAAAAGAAAUUGCUGCAAAUGGAGAGGCAUCACUUACAGCCCCCUGAGAGGUAAGAUAAGCCAUUCCUUGCUUGAACUGAGGCAUCUUACUUACUUGGAUUUAAGUAGUAAUGAUUUUGGAGGCAGUCCUUUCCCAUAUAACAAUGAUUCCUUCACUAAGUUACUAUACUUAAAUCUCUCAGAUACUAAUUUGGGUGGUGCCAUUUCAUCUAUGCUUGGAAAUCUCUCCAGGUUGCAGUUUCUUGAUCUGAGUUUUAACUAUUCCCUCGAUAUUGGAAAUGUUGAGUGGCUCUUUGGUCUUCCUUCUUUAAGUUAUAUUGACCUGAGUUUCAAUCACCUUAACAGUCCUAAUGAUUGGUUGCAAAUGCCUAACAAGCUCCUUCACCUGGAAAGCCUGCAAAUAGGAUUCUGUUUUUCUGCGGAUGAUGAGAUUCCUAUGACUCUUUCUCCAAUCAAUUCAUCUUCAUCUCUUACAGCUAUGGAUCUUUCUUACAAUAACCUUGUAAUUCCUUCAUUAUACCCAUGGUUGUCAAACAUCACUCAGAAUAUCAUACAACUUCGCCUCUCUUUCAACAAUUUGCAAGGUUCAACUCUAGCUGAUUUUGGGAAUAUGAUUUUUCUUGAAACUCUUUCUCUGUAUAAUACCAGACUUUCUGGAGAUAUUCCACAAUCAUUCGGAAACAUGUCUUGAUUGAAUCAGUUAGACUUAGCCCAGAAUAAUUUCAGCAUACAACUUCCUGACUUGAUUCAAAAUCUAUCUGGAUGCACACAGAAAUCAAUCCAGUAUUUGUACUUGGAUAAAAAUCAAAUAACAAGUUCAUUGCCUAAUCUCACUGCAUUUUCAUCUUUGAGAGGCCUAUAUCUUACAGAAAAUAGAUUGAAUGGUACUGUAGACAGAAGCAUUGGACGUCUGUCCAAGCUAGAAUUUUUGUACCUUGGUUGGAAUUCAUUGAAUGGUGCCAUCACUGAAGAUCAUUUUUCAAAUUUGUCCAAUUUGAAGGAUUUGGUAUUAUCUGGUAACUCAUUUAUUUGGGAUGUAAGUCUCAACUGGGUUCCUCCUUUUCGUUUACGUUCUAUAAAUCUUCAAUCCUGCAAGAUGGGUCCUCAUUUCCCUCAAUGGCUUCAAAGUCAGAAAAACUAUUCUCGCUUAGAUAUUUCUGAUGCUGGAAUUUCCGAUUCCAUUCCCAAGUGGUUCUGGGACCUGUCUUCUGGCAUUUACCACUUAAACCUCUCCCACAAUAAUUUGACUGGGCCUGUGCCGGAUUUUUCAUUGUUAUUUGUUUUCUUUCCUUUUGUUGAUCUUGGUUUUAAUCGUCUAGAUGGUCCAUUGCCGUUGCCUCUAUUUCCUUCAAAACUCACAUCCUCGAAGAAUAGCUUGGCAAGUUAUAGCUCUAACAGUGAGACAAUAAUUGGGCCGUUGGUCUACCUUGACCUCUCAUCUAAUCUGUUUUCUGGAGUGAUUCCUGAUGGUUUUAUGCAUGUGCAAGACCUAAUUUUCAUGAAUUUGGCUAAUAACAGUUUGUCUGGCCAAAUCCCAAACUCCAUAGGGUCACUUUGGAAGCUGGAAACACUACAUCCAGAAAACAAUGCGUUGUGUAUCUACCCUCACAUCAGCAGUGAAGUCGAUGCACAGGUGCUGUGGAAGAAAUUAGAAAUAAUGUAUGAGAGGAAUGCUCAGAAUAAAGCCUCUACGAUUAGGAGGUUGGUAAAUUUGAAGUUCAAAGAUGGGCAAUCUGUAGCAGCUCAUUUGAAUAGUUGGAAAACAUUGGUGGUGUCUCUUGGUAAUUCUGCUCCGAAUGGCCUUGUCACUUUACAAAUGGUUAAAGACAAUAUGCAUAACGAGGAAGUUAGGCGGAAAGAUUUGGGUUUAGACAACUCACAGGCUCUUGUCACAGAGAACAGUGGCAGAAGUAAGAGUAGAGGACCUAAGAAGCAUGGUAAAUCUAGGCAAGUCGAAAGGUCAGGAAAAAUUGGAAGAGUGAAGAUGGGGAAUACCAGUUAUAACGACAUAGUAGGAGUCGGUGAUGUAGUUGUGCAGACUGAUUUGGGGUCUACAUUGACAUUGAGAAAUGUCCGACAUAUUCCUGGUUUGCGGUUGAAUUUGCUAUCUACUUAUUCAUUGGAUGAGGAUGAUGGUUAUCAUAGUCACUUUGGUGGGAAGCAACAUAGAGUUUCUUUUAGUAGUACUUCUAAGAGAAAAGAGAAUGUGCUUGAUUUAGUGUAUACUGAUGUAUGUGGUCCCUUAGAGGUUCAGAGUAAUGGUGGUAAUAUAUAUUUUGUUACUUUUAUUGAUGAUACUUCACGUAAGGUGUGGGUGUUUGUUUUGAAAAUAAAAGACCAGGUGUUUGAGUGCUUCAAGAAGUUCCAUGUCAUGGUGGAAAGAGAGAAAGGUGGCUCUUUGAAGUAUCUUCAUAGUGAUAAUGGUGGAGAAUACACAUCAAAGGAGUUUGAAUCCUACUGUGCAAAUCAUGGCAUUAGACAUGAGAAGACGGUUCCUGGCACCCCACAACAUAAUGGUGUAGCUGAGAGGAUGAACAGAACCAUUGUGGAGAAGGUUAUUUGUUUGCUUAGAAUGGCUAAUCUGCCUAAGUCAUUUUGGGGUGAAGCUGUUCUUACUGCCUGUUAUUUGCUGAAUCGAUCUCCAUCAGCUCCCUUAGAGUAUGAUAUUCCUGAGAGAGUUUGGAGUGGGAAAGAUGUUAGUUACUCUCACUUGAAGAGACAGAAACUUGAUGAUAAGGCCACUCCGUGUAUUUUUGUCGGAUAUAGAGAUUUAGAGUUUAGAUAUAGACUAUGGGAUCCAGCAAAGAAGAAGAUUGUUAGAUCAAGAGAUGUGGUGUUUCAUGAGCAUGAGAUGCUAAAGUCAGAUUCAGCUAAGGAUUCGAGCACUAUUACUGUAAGUAAUCCUUCACUAGUUUCUCCUUUAACUAAUGAUGCCAUAGGAGGAGAGAUGAUUGAUGAACAUGGGAUGGAGAAUGAACCAGUUCAGAUUGAUGAUGUUGGUGGAAAUGUAGAGGGUGUUGAGCAGGGGGAGCGAACCCCUCCAACUUUAAUUGCAGAGACCAGGAGAUCUCCUAGAGGUCAGAUUCCAUCUACUAGAUAUCCCAGUUCAGAGUGGGCUUCUCUUGCUGAAGAGGGGGAGCUAAAGAAUUUUGAAAAAGCAGUAACUCAUACAGAUAAAGGGUAUUGGAUGAGAGUAAUGCAGGAUAAGAUGAGUUCUUUGAAGAAGAACAACACUUAUGAGUUAGUGGAGCUUCCAAAGGGUAAUAGACCCUUAAAGAACAAGUGGAUUUUCAAGAUCAAGAGAGAUUAUGAGAAGUUAAUGAAGUACAAAGCUAGACUAGUGGUGAAGGGCUUCAACCAGAUUAAGGGAGUUGACUUUGGUGAGAUUUUUUCUCCUAUUGUGAAGAUGAAUUCUAUCAGGUUAAUUCUCGGAUUAGCAGCUAGUAUGGAUCUUGAAAUUGAGCAGUUAGAUGUGAAGACUGCAUUCCUUCAUAAUGAUUUGGAGGAGAAAAUCUACAUGGAUCAGCCAGAGGGGUUUGAAGUGAAGGGAAAGGAACACAUGGUUUGCAGAUUGAAAAAGAAUGAUAUAUUGAUAGUUGGACAGGAUGCUAAGGUGAUUAAUAGAUUGAAGAAGGAGUUGUUUAGUGCUUUUGAUAUGAAGGAUCUAAGCCAAGCAAAACAGAUUCUGGGUAUGCAGAUUGUUCGUGAAUGGAAAGCCAAGAAGAUAUGGCUGUCACAACAGAGCUAUGUUGAGUGGGUUCUAGACAGAUUUAACAUGAGAGAUAUAAAGCUGGUCAGUACUCCUUUGCCUAAUCAUUUUAAGCUUAGCAAGAAGCAGUUUUCUUCUAGUGAAGAAGAGAAGAAUAAGAUAGCAGCUAUUCCUUACUCAUCUGCAGUGGGGAGUUUGAUGUAUGCGAUGGUUUGCACCAGACCGGAUAUAGCACAUGCAGUUGGUGUUGUUAGCAGGUUUCUUCUGAAUCCAGGAAAAGAGCAUUGGGAGGCAGGGGAGCUGUCUCAUGGCAGUCAAAACUACAGAAGUGUGUUGCCUUGUCUAAAACAGAUGCAGAGUAUAUUGCAGCUGCAGAAGUCUAGCAAGGAACUACUCUGUUUGAAGAGAUUUCUUCUUGAGUUAGGUUUGAAACAAGAUUGUUAUAUGGUUCAUUGUGACAGUCAGAGUGCACUUGAUUUGAGUAAGAAUGCCACAUUUCAUUGUCGUACUAAACACAUUGAUGUGAGGUAUCAUUGGAUUCGUGAUGCUAUGAAUAGGAAUGAAUUUUUGUUGAAGAAAAUUCAGACCGAGAAGAAUCCAGCUGAUAUGUUGACUAAGGCGCUGGUGAUUGUUCUCGGAGUUUUUCUUGAUAGUGGAUUGAUCGGAGUUUGGCUCGUGGUUUUUUCCUUUAUACUAAAGGGUUUUCCACGUAGAUCUCUUGUGUCGUGUGAUUGUGUUUUUUUUUUUUUUGCCAUUUCUAUUUUUUUCCUUUGUGACUCAACUAUAUCGAUAUUGCCCCAACAAUAUCUUAGCCUGAAAUCCAAUCAGUUCCAUGGAAACAUACCUUUGCAAGUGUGUCAAUUAACCAAUGCUCAGAUCUUGGAUAUCUCUUUAAACAAUAUCAAUGGAACCAUACCAAACUGCCUGAAGAAUUUGAAAGCCAUGACUGACAGAAAUCCAAUUGGAACCAUCAGACAUAAUUAUCUUUUGGUAGAGAAUGGUCUUACAUUGUAUUUUAUGGGAGCAACAGAACUUUAUAUCGACAAGGCAUUGGUUAUUUGGAAGGGAAUGAAGUACAUCUGUAAGAAAAAUCUGGCCAGGUUUAGGAUAAUUGAUCUUUCAAGUAACAAAAUAGAAGGAGAGAUUCCGAGGGAAUUAUCAAGCUUGUCUGAGCUUAAUCAAUUGAACUUGUCGAACAACAAGUUGUCUGAUAUAAUACCCGAAGAGAUUGGUUGUCUGAAGCAAUUAGAGUCACUUGAUUUGUCUCAAAAUCAACUAUCAGGCAAACUUCCUUCUAGUAUGGCUGGCCUAAAUUUUCUGAAUACCUUGAACUUGUCGUACAAUGAUUUGUCUGGGAGAAUUCCAUCAAGCAAUCAGCUUCAGAGCUUCAGUGCGUCUGUAUUUAUUGGUAAUCAUGCACUUUGCGGGUUACCUCUUACACAAAAGUGCCCAGAAGAAAGUACUACUCAAGCUCCAAAAUCCAGUACUGACAGCCAGCAAAAUCAAGAAGAUGGAGAUAAUGAAUUCAGGAGAUGGCUUUAUGCUGGCAUGGGACUCGGAUUCAUUGUUGGCUUCUGGGGAGUUUCCUGUACUUUACUGUUGAAGCGUUCCUGGAGACAUGCAUAUUUCCAGCUCCUGGACAAAUUGGCAGAUCGGCUAUAUGUGACACUAGCAGUGUACAGGAGAAGAUUGCAACAGAAAUCUCAUAGCUAGAUAGAAUCAUCCCCUCUCCUGAAAUGGCUGCCGAGGAACUUCUGGUACUGCUACUGCAAAUCCUGAUACAAAAAGAAAAAUGGACUAUCUUUGAAGUCUAUUUCCCUUUGAAAUUUCUUAAUGCUGUGAUUUCUUUUCAGGGUUAGAUAUGCAUUUCAAUAUAACAGGAAAUAAAACUAAAAAAUAAAAGAUUUUGUUCAGUGUCCAAUUAGCAAUGCUAGUGACAUUAAUUAGCACCAAAAUAAAUUAUAUUAUGUGGACGUGUCUCGUCU